GAGGGCGGGCAAGAUGGCGGCGCGGCCGGCCGCCCUGAGGGAGCCGGGGUUGCGGUUGCUCCCGCUGCUGCUGCUGCUGCUGCUGGGGCCCGGGGCCCGGGCGGAGGCCGCGCGGGACGAUCUGCGCGAGGAGCUGGUGGUCACCCCGCUGCCCUCGGGGGACGUGGCCGCCACCUUCCAGUUCCGCACGCGCUGGGACUCGGAGCUGCAGCGGGAGGGAGUGUCUCACUACAGGCUGUUCCCCAAGGCCCUGGGGCAAUUGAUCUCCAAGUACUCGGUGCGAGAGCUGCACCUGUCGCUGACCCAAGGCUUCUGGCGGACCCGCUACUGGGGCCAACCCUUCCUGCAGGCUCCGGCCGGCGCCGAGCUCUGGGCCUGGUUCCAGCCUUCUGUCACCGAUGUCGAUAAGUCCUGGAAGGAGCUCAGCAACGUCCUCUCUGGGAUCUUCUGCGCCUCCCUUAACUUCAUCGACUCCACCAAUACCGUCACCCCCACGGCUUCCUUCAAACCCUUGGGGCUGGUCAACGCCACGGAUCACCGGCUCCUGCGUUACGCCGUCCUGCCCCGCGAGGUGGUCUGCACCGAGAACCUCACCCCGUGGAAGAAGCUGUUGCCCUGCAGCUCCAAGGCCGGCCUCUCGGUGCUGCUCAAAGCCGAGCGUCUGUUCCACAGCAGCUAUCACUCCCAGGCCGUGCACAUCCGCCCCGUGUGCAGAGACGCCCGCUGCACCAGCGUCUCCUGGGAGCUGAGGCAAACGCUGACGGUCGUCUUCGACGCCUUCACCGCGGGGCAGGCGAAGAGAGACUGGUCGCUCUUCCGCAUGUUCUCCCGCACCCUGACGGAGGCCUGCCCCCUGGCCACGCAGAGCCGCGUCUACGUGGACGUCUCCGGCGGCGCCCAGGACGGCGAGGCCCCGGAGGUGAGCCCGCCCCCCGGGGACACCUACCGAGCCGUCGUCCUCGGGGAGCGGAGGACCUACGCCGUCUUCGACCUGCUGGACCCGGCUACCUUCAACAGCUCCCGGAGCCUCAAUCUCCAGCUCAAGUGCAAGCGGCCCCGGGACGGGGCUGCUCCCCUCCCGGUGCCCUUCUUGCACGCGCAGCGCUACGUGAGCGGCUACGGGCUGCAGCAGGGGGAGCUGAGCACCCUGCUGUACAACACCCACUCCUACCGGGCCUUCCCCGUGCUGCUCCUCGAGACGGUGCCCUGGUACCUGCGCCUCUACGUCCACACGCUGGUCAUCACCACCAAGGGCAAGGAGAACAAGCCGAGCUACAUCCACUACCAGCCGGCCCAGGACCGACGGCGGCCCCACCUCCUGGAGAUGCUCAUCCAGCUCCCGGCCAACUCCGUCACCAAGGUGUCCAUCCAGUUUGAGCGCGCCCUGCUCAAGUGGACCGAAUACACCCCCGAUCCCAACCACGGCUUCUACGUCAGCCCGUCGGUGCUCAGCGCCCUGGUGCCCAGCGUGGUGGGGGUCGAGACGGCCGACUGGGAGGAGAGCCCUCUGUUCGCCACGCUGUUCCCCGUGUCCGACGGGUCCAGCUACUUCGUCCGCCUGUACACGGAGCCCCUGCUGGUGAACCUGCCGACGCCGGACUUCAGCAUGCCCUACAACGUCAUCUGUUUGACCUGCACCGUGGUGGCCGUGUGCUACGGCUCCUUCUACAACCUCCUGACCCGCACCUUCCACCUGGAGGUGCCCAGCCGGGGCGGCCUGGCCAAGCGCCUGGCAAACCUGAUCCGCCGGGCCCGCGGCGUCCCCCUUCUCUGAUCCGCCGGGCCCGGGGCGAACCCCUUCUCUCGUUCGCUGGGCCCCGGGCACACCCCUUCUCUGAUGGGCUGCGCCCGGGGCGUUUCCCCGUCUCUGAUUUGUCAGGCCCGGGGCAUCCCCCUGUCUCAGAACCACUGGACCCGGGAUGUCUCCCUUCUCAGAACCGUGGGGCCCGGGGCGUUCCCCUUCUCGGAUCCACCUGGCCGAGGGGUGUCCCCCUUCUCUGAUCCGCCGGACCCGGGAAGUCCCCUUUCUCUGAUCCGCCGGGUCUGGGGAUUCCCCUUCCCCGAACCGCUGGGCCCGGGGCGUCCCCCUUCUCCGAACCGCCGGGCCCAAGGUGCCUCCCUUUUCAGAACCACGGGGCCCGGGGCGUCCCCCUUUUCUCAUCGACCGGUCCCGGGGCGUCCCCCUUCUCUGAUGCGCUGGGCCUGGGGCGCCCCCCCCUUCUCUGAUCCACCUGACCGAGGGACGUCCCCCUUCUCCGAUCCGCCGGACCCGGGUCGUCCCCCUUCUCUGAUUCGCCGGGCCCGGGGCAUCCCCCUUCCCUCAUCUGCCGGGUCCAGAGCGUUCCGCUUCGAUUCGCCGGGCCCGGGGCUUCCCCCUUCUCUGCUGCGCCGGGCCCCGGGCGUCCCCCUUCUCUGAUCCGCCGGACCCGGGGCGUCCCCCUCCUCUGAUUCGCCGGGCCCAGGUUGUCCCCCUUCCCUGACCCGCUGGGCCCGAGGCGUCCCCCUUCUCUGAGCCCACUCUCUCCACCCCCAAGGCAGCUGCUGAAUCAGAUACCGCCCCGAUGCCUUCCCUCCUCCCUGGCGUCUCUGCCCUGGGUGGCCUUUUUUGAGAACUCACAGUUGGCCACAUGGGUGGUCCCGGGACGCUGAGGGGAGACCCGGGUGGGGCUGUGUGGGAGGCGUCUUGGGGGGAGAAAGCAGGGAGGAAGGAGUGAAGAGGGAGGGAGAGGGUUGGGGAAUAAAGUGUAGCUACUGCCCUAACUCAUCGCGGGCCUUAAUUCUACGAGGCGGUGGGGAAGGAGCAGGGCGAGAGCAGGUUCUCUUACCUGCCAGGGUCCGGGAGCCCUGAGGAAAGCCCCAAGGUGGGGUAGUGGGGGAACUGCCCACCCCCGGGGCCACGGGGCUGCCCCCGGACCUGGGCCGGGGGAGGUUGCGGAGGGAGACGGCAGACGCCGACUCUGGUGUCCGCCGGCUCUCUCUCGGGGGGCGUCUUGGCACCAAACUGAGGUGGGUAUCCCCGCCGAGGCCAAGCGGGAGGGAAGCGGUGGCUCCUGGGCUGUAGACGGGUAGUUCUCUGUGGGUCUGGUUUAUAACCCUGAGCCCGCAGAGGGGAGUGGCCCCUUAGGCUGGAGCAGGGGCUUGGUUCUGCUUCGAAGGGUAACGGACGUGAAGCGUGGGUGCGGGCUCCCCCUCCCCAAUCCAUGCCCUCCAGCGGGCACCGGACCCCGGGGUCACGGCAGGAUGGGCAGAAACGCGCUAAACUGUCCCGUUCGGGGUAUCGGUGGCCGAUCCCCCCCUUUAUUGUCCUGGUGGGGAUGCUCUGUGCCUCGGGGUCAGAGGGGCAAGAAGGGGAGGGAGGACUCGAGUCACGGGGCAGAGGGGAUGGCAGUGCCCGCCUCCUCCCCUGGCCUCGCGGGUCCUGGCUCCGGUCGGCCCCCGGGCAAGCAUAGUCUUUCCUCGCUCUGUCUUUCUAAUUCCCGCAAAGGGAGUGAAAGUCAAGCUCUGCUCACUGCGGUGCGGGACCCAGACCCACCUCCCUUUGCCCCGCCAGGUCAAAGAAAGCCCUGCCCGAGAGAAAGAGCACGGGACUGGGUGAAAGGCAGCCUGGGUUCCGGUCCUGGCUUCGUGAGAGGCCCGCUGUGGGACGCCGAACGAGUCAAACGACCCCUCCGGGCCGCAGUUUUCUCAGCUAGAAAAAGGGCCUACGCCUACUCACUCUGCAUUUAAGAUCUGGAGUCCCUUGUGGGUCGUGGAUUGGGUCUGGCCUACCUUGUACCUAUCGCGGGGCUUAGCACGUAGCGUGCAUCUAAUAAAGAGUGUUACUAUUACUGCUA